AUGGAGAAGAUGAUGAAACAUCAAGAGCUAGCCAACAAGAACCAUGAAGCCUCACUAAGGAAUCUAGUGAGGCAAAUUGGUCAAUUAUCCAAACAAACAGUGGCUGAGAGACCAACCAAUGCACUGCCAAGUGACACCAUUCCCAAUCCCAAGGAAGAAUGUAAGGCAAUCCAAUUAAGGAGUAGAAGAGCUUUGGUGAAUGACAAAGAAGCCACCAAGAAGCCAAUAGAGGAUGAAAAGACCAGCAGUAAAGAGCAAGUGACAAUUGAAGAAAAGAACCAAAAAAAGCUCAAGGAAAAAGAGGAACAUCAAGCUUCAAACAAGGGGAAGCAAAUUAUGGAGGAGCCAUCACAAGAACAGAGGAAGUUAGUGAAGACUUAUACCCCUCCUUUGCCAUACCCUCAAAGGAUGCAGAAGGAGAUCAAAGACCAACAGUUCCCUAGGUUCCUAGAAGUAUUUAAGAAGCUGGAAAUUAAUAUGCCACUUGCUGAUGCUCUAGAACAAAUGCCUCUUUAUGCAAAAUUCCUCAAAGAGUUCAUCAAUAAGAAAAGGAGCUGGAAUGAGAAGGAGAUAAUAAUCUUAACACAGGAAUGCAGUGCUGUCAUCCAAAGAGGUCUUCCCCCAAAGCUCAAAGAUCCAGGAAGCUUCAUCCUAUCCUGCACUAUAUGCAACAAAAUAUUGGACAAAGCUCUCUAUGACUUAGGAGCCAGCAUCAAUUUAAUGCCCCUCUCACUAAUGAAGAAGCUUGCAAUAGAGGAAGUCAAGCCUACCAGGAUGUCACUCCAAAUGGCUGACAGAUCACUCAAGAUACCAAAUAGGGUUUUAGAAAAUUUAUUAGUAAAAAUUGGAGAAUUCAUUUUUCAUACUGACUUUGUUAUCCUGGACAUGGAAGAAGAGGGACACAGUUCAAUCAUAUUGGGAUGGCCUUUCUUAGCAACAGCAAGAGCCACUAUUGAUGUGGAGAAAGGAGAGAUGACCCUCAGGGUGCAUGACAAAAAGAUGGUCAUCAAUGUCUUCAAAGCCAUGUAG